UCGAAAACAGAAAAAUAAGAACAAGAAGAAGAAAAUAUAAGCAAAUCCACAAAAAAGAAAAAUUGUGCGAAAAGUGGCCAAAAGUAGUAAGAAGAAAUUGCAAAUUGUAUUAUAAUAGCUAUUGUAGAGUACAAGGAGGAAAUCUAAGUUAGGAGAAAAAGUUAUAAACAUAAGUUUGCGGAAGAUGUCCAAGUUUGACAUGAGUAAGCCCUACAUCAGCGACAGUGAUGAGAGCGAUGCUGAGACUGACUUCGACAUAGAACAGCUUGGACCACUGGAACCGGGGCCUGGAGAGCACAAAUUGCAGUACAACUACUGUCUGUGGUUCGCCAAGAAGGGCUGCCACCGGACAUCUAUAACACAAGUCAAGGCCACGGAGCAGGAGUAUGGAAAGUCCUUGCACAUUGUCGGGAGGUGCGCCAGUGUGGAGCAGUGGUGGUCACUCUAUUGUCACCUCAUCAAGCCAACUGCAUUGAAGCCCUAUCGUGAACUCCAUCUCUUCAAGAGUGGAAUAAAGCCAAUGUGGGAGGAUCCUGGCAAUGCCAAAGGUGGGAAAUGGGUAAUAAAGCUGAGGAAGAAUAAGAUUGAUCGUGCCUGGGAGACGGUCUGCAUGGCAAUGCUGGGCGAGCAAUUUCUCGUUGGACCAGAGAUCUGCGGGGUGGUGCUUUGCACAAAAUUCCCGUUUCAGGAGGAUCUUCUCUCUGUGUGGAAUCGCACGGCGACGGAUCAGGCGAGUACAGCUAGAAUAAGGGACACACUCAGACGGAUUCUCAACUUACCUCCGAAUACUCCCAUGGAGUAUAAGCCACACUGUGAUAGCUUAAAGAAAUCAAAAACAUUAUUGAGUAAAAGUUGAGCUUCUUCUCCACCAUGGCGCACGACAUUUUUCUCCUUUACACCAUGUCCCCUUAUUUGAAUGAAAAUACAGCGCAUAUUAUACAAAAAAAACAGAAGAAAUAUUAGAUUAUAUCCCUCCAAUUCCCAUACAAUACCACUUAAAGAAUAUGCAGAGAGGACUCUGUGUGUGAAAAUCAUUGAGAAAUGUUCAAGGGAAGGAGCUCGAUGGAGAAAGACAGAAAGAAAAUGCAUAAUUCUGGAUUUUAAUUCUGAAUAAAAUGCCCGUUUUACAGAAAAAAAAAUUA